AAAACAUACAAAGGUCUUCCAUUGCACCUGCCAAAUCAUCCUCUCCUGUUUCAGGUGUCACGACGUUGCAACUUUCAAGAAAAAUUCUUCCGUCACGCCGAAUACAACAAUAAACACACGUUAGACCUUGGGAGGGUCUGCUCCGAGCGGCGUAUUCGACAGUCCAAAAAUCCUCUACAAUGGCGUUGCAGCCCCGAGUGACGAAACGCGAGCGAAAAUUACUCCUCAGCUAUCAACUUCCACAUCGCAUCCACUGCGCCGAAGUCUACCCAGUACAGGCUCCGAAUGAUUCGACGAUAAUUCUUUACGGCCAUGAUCGAGGACUACGGAUACUGUGGCGAGGAGGUCGCCAGAGCGCUUCAAGCAACUUAAGGUCAGUACAGCACGCACGUUCCAGCCCAGACCUCGACGACGAGGAGGAACUUGACCCAGACUGUCCCUACCCUGCAAUUAAUCAAGAAAUCAACAUUGAUGCCGGCUCCGAAGUCCUCCAUCUCGCCAUUCCAAGCUUGAACGAUCUCGGCUCAGCUUCAGACCUCUUGACCUCGACAGCACUCGUUGCCAUUGCUUCAACAGAUGGCGCAGUGAGUAUUCUCCGAUUACCGUUGACGCCUCCUGCCUUGGGUAAGGAAGCUGUGUACUUGGAUUGGGUUGGGCGGACACAGACGGUCAUCUGCUCGGGAGGACAGAUCUCGGCAGGCAUCGCAUUGAAGAUCAUCUCUGUAUCACCAGGCGAAGACGCUGCAUCCGCUCAAGUCGUAGUGGCUGUGGCGACACAAAUCCUAGCCAUUUCCCGAUUGACAUUGACCAGGCAAGGUCUGUCCGCUGAGACAGAAACCGUUGCACAGAAAGUGCCCCUGUCCGCUGCCGUAAGGAGGAUAUCAUUCCAUGUGUCACCGAGAAGUAGCCUUCUACUGCUUACAGAUGCGGCUGGCUGUGUUCAUGUUUACGAUCCUUUAGCGUCUGCUGACUCGCGAGGAGAGCCUGUCCUCGCUGAAACUGAAAAGGGCUCAGGGAGAUGGUUGACUACAUUCCAUGCCCCUUAUCCGACUAACAACAGCAGCUCUCCAAAUCAUCUCAAUACGUUGCGAAGGAAAAAGUUACUCGAUGCCAGGUUUGUUCUCGGCGGCAAACGUGUCCUCGCAUUGCUUUCAGAUGGAGAAUGGGGAAUGUGGGAUUUGAGUGGCGCGGCAUCCGACAGCAGGAGCUUCGGUGGCUUUGUACUUCGUGGCUUUCUCAGCACAUCAAGCGCUGGCGAUGCUUCCAGUGCCGCUAGUAAGCCGCGUGCAGGGAUCUCCAGACUCGCACCGACAACCCCGAACACCCGCAAAGCCAAGGCCGAAAGCCUAUUUUCUGGCGCACCAAAGGCCGCAAGCGCCACACCUCAAGGGGGUAUUUCCGUGUCUAUUAGUCCUGGGCGCGGCACUUCUGCCGACGAAAGCGUCGUCAUGUGGUAUGGAAACGAGGUGUAUGCCAUCCCGAGCGUUGCCUCGUUCUGUCAACGAAGCACAUCCAAUGAAGGCAGUUUCGGUUCGCUGUACGGACCUGGUCUUGCGCAUAUCCCGGAGAUCAACCUUCGCAACGAGAAUAUUUCAGCCAUAUCACAAUUCGCCGCAAGCGAAAGCGGUGCGCAUCUCGGCCAGAUGAACGUGACCCGUGAUCUUUUCAUUGCCGCUGAAUAUCAAGCCAUCGUCUUGCACACGGUUAAGCCUGCGGCGCCUGCGCGGAACUUAUUUCAGGCGGUGGCUACGGAACGGUCGCCACUACAGGAUCAACGCAUGUUGGACGCUGGCGAGCUCGAUCUCGGCGGCAUGGAUCGUCUUCUCGACGGCAUGGCGAAUCGACCACGGAAAGUCGGCUUCGCGGCCGAGCACGCAUGA